AUGCUCACCAGUACUCUCUGCUGCAGAGAGCUCGAGCGCUACAUUAUGGAGGAUAUCCCCGAGCCUGAGGGCAGCAGGAAGCAGAAGGCGUGGAAACGAGAGCGCGCGACCGCUAAUCUGCUUAUCAAGAGCUCGCUUUCGAAGGUCCGAACUGUCCUACAAAAUGCUGGCUGGGAUCCCGAGGUCCAAAAUCCCAAAUACCACUUCGAUUUUGUCUUGCGCGAGAUUGCAAAGACACCCGACACGUUGGCUGGUGAUGUCGUCCUCGAGUUCACUCAUAUUGAUCGCGCACAAUUUGGCAGUCUGGCGGCGUACCAGUCUCGUGUCAUCUACCUUCGCCGACGGUUGACCGAACUGGAUUGUGCGGUAUCUGAGAAGAUGUGUAUCUGGGUCACGAUCAAUGGAUUGAAAGGGCGAUAUUCGAGAUGGUACAACAGCCUAGCUCGAGCCAUGAACACGAACACCUUGUCUUGGGACUCGCUGAUGCAGGAGAUGACUGCUAGGGCAAUCAAGGAACAUCCUACUCAGCCGCUGAGUUCUCCCGCUAAGGAGCAAGACAUGAACUCUUCUUAA